CGAGACGAAAAUUCGAAGCCUCGCUGGCAAUGUCGCCGCGCCCGUCAUAAAUUGAUCCACCACCUCGGACUACUGCCAUGGACUUUGUCGCGCACCCUGCCCCCAUGCGCCCCGCCACAAGGCGAGCACUAUGCUCGGUGACGGCGACGACACCGGUCACCGACACGGAAGGCGGCGACUCGCCAUUCGUGUCGAUUGAUGCACCGUCGCUCAAGACGUUCGCCGCUAAGCGCGCGCUGGACGUGGCCUCGUUCGGCUACAAUACGCCCGCGUCGCACUCGAUGGGCUGCCACCCACCGCGCCAAGGCGCCCAGAAGCGGCCACGUCCGCUGCGCACUGCCAAGCCGCUCGUGUGGUCCGAAGAGGACGAUGACAACGAGCCGUCCCGAGAAUGCAUCCGCGCUGCACUUACGCACCAUCGCCGUGCGUACGUGGCAGCCUACGGGUGCGAGUAGUUGACGCACGCUUUUGUACAGAUAGCUAUUUAUUCCGUGUCCAUACUGUUUAACCUUGCGCUGCCUUGGGCUCUUGCUUCCGU